AUGAGUCCUAAAGACGCAGCCUUUUGGAAGGCUCAACAAAGUCUUAUGACUCUUUUCAAGCGGUGUUCCACCAUGAAGCAUUUGAAGCAGAUGCAUGCUCGUGUAAUCCAGACUGGGUUUGAUCAGAACCUCCUUGUCAUUGGAAAGAUUAUUGUGUUUUGUGCGGUAUCCGGGCAUGGAGAUAUGAAUUACGCGGUCUCGGUUUUCAACAGGAUUGAUAAGCCAGAUGCAUUUCUUUGGAACACCAUGAUUAGGGGCUUUGGGAAGACUAGCCAACCUGAAAAGGCAAUUGAUUUUUACCGGAAAAUGCAGGGAACAGUAGAUGUGGCAGCAGACAAUUUCACUUUCUCGUUCUUUCUUAAAAUUGUAGGUGGGUUGGGAUCAGUUAUAUUGGGGAAGCAACUGCACUGUAGCGUCCUUAAACUUGGUCUUGGAACUCAUACUUAUGUCGGGAAUUCUCUCAUGCAUAUGUUCGGCAUGCUGAAGGACAUAGAAACUGCACACAACCUGUUCGAGGAAAUGCCGAAUCCAGAUUUAGUGACUUGGAACUCUGUCAUAGACUGUCACGUAUGUUGUCGAAACUAUAACCAAGCGCUCGAGCUGUUCACCAGAAUGCUGCAGAGUGGCAUGCAACCUGAUGAUGCAACUUUGGUAGUGACCCUCUCAGCAUGUGGUGCAAUAGGAGCACUAGAUUUUGGGAGGUGGAUUCAUUCCUGCAUACAAGAUACUAAUCUUGGUGAGACUACAUCAGUCGCCAAUUCCCUUGUUGACAUGUAUGCAAAGUGUGGAGCACUGGAAGAAGCCUACGAGACAUUCAGCAUGAUGAAAGGGAAAAACAUAAUUUCAUGGAAUAUCAUGAUUAUUGGACUUGCCUCACAUGGUAAUGGACAAGAGGCGUUAGCACUUUUCACAAAAAUGUUACAAGAGAACGUGGAGAGACCGAAUGAUGUUACAUUCUUGGGAGUGCUAUGUGCGUGUAGCCAUGGAGGAUUUGUCCAUGAAGGAAGACGAUAUUUGGAUAUUAUGAGCAAAGACUAUAACAUCCAACCCACAAUAAAGCACUAUGGGUGCAUUGUGGACCUUUUGGGUCGAGUUGGUUUAGUUGAGGAAGCAUACAAAAUGAUAAAGAGCAUGCCAAUUGAGUGCAAUGCAAUUGUAUGGAGGACACUGUUAGCUGCAUGUCGAAUUCAUGGAAAUCUUGAACUUGGUGAGAAGGUAAGAAAACAUCUAUUGAAAUUGGAAGCAUACCAUAGCAGUGAUUAUGUUCUUCUUGCAAACAUGUAUGCAAGUACGGGUCAAUGGAAUGAAAUGAGCAAAGAGAGAAGAUCAAUGCUGGAAAGGGGAGUUCAGAAACCGGAGCCUGGUAAUAGCUUCGUCGGCAUUCCUUGAAUGAGGUUGGAGAAAAAGACUAUUGAAAGAUUGCUAUAACACUGCACAAAUUUUUCGUUUGUGCUUAAAUCAACUCUCAAUAAUUUGUCCGUGAAGAUUUAGAAGAUCUUGUCAUCAUUUGUCAAGUUCCAGGAAUAAAUUCUUGGCCAAAAUAAAUGA